AUGCCGUCCGGACAGGAAACGCUGCCAUACUGGCAGGUCAACGUCCCGCCGGAACACAGAUCUGAUGUGUGUCCAGAGUUCCUGAGAGAUGCCAACGAGAAAGAUCAGAAAAUUUUAGCCACUCCAGAUUCUGAGUUUCGUCGUUUGUCGUGGCCAGAGGUUCAGGAUCUCAUACGCACAAACCGCAUUGAUCUCUUCCAGCGAGUGCCCAGCGACCUUCGCCGCUACAAGGCCUAUACUGCGAAGCUCAAGGACCAAUAUGGUUCAGUCAUGAACUUCGUCAUGGCCGAGAGAUUGAAAUGGCAAGAUCUCGUACCCCAAGGCGAGCCUUUCAGCAAUACAGACGAUAUCAAAAUCUUGUUGAAUGACUGGCCUUACGGGAUUGACACAAGAAUUGUGCACCUUGUGGUAUGGGUCAAGUUUCAAUUGGAAGAAGACGCCGUCAGCGGUGACUUGACCGAUGCCGCCAGAGAAAAACUUGAUGGAUAUGUCAACAAGACGUUUCGAACUCAGGUCGGCGCUGAGAACUGCAUUUGGUUCAAGAAUUGGGCGAGCUUGAAGUCUAUCCAUGCAGUGGAGCAUUUCCAUGUUAUGCUAUUCUCCCCUGACAAGCAAUUCGUGGACGACAUCACGAACGGCGAUGUAGCAUUGUCAGACAAGAUUAGAACCGACGUUUGA